GAGGGAGGGCGAAGCGAGGCAGGGAGAGAAAGAGAGCGCUGGGCUGUGGCUCUUGCCUGACGUUCACCAGCGAGCGACAGCAAAGUGCAGCCAGACUCUCCGCCAAGAAAGGAGAGCAAGCGAGCCAGAUCAGCACAGGAAGGAGCAGAGCAGACUAGGAGCAGCAGCUCUCCCUGUGCGCUGGGAUUUGCUAUUGUUAUUAAUUAUUAUUUUUACCCACUCAUUAAUUUAUUCCCCCCGCCCCCACUCUUACUGGCUUGGAUUUUCCCUCCGCUCCCCGGCCACUUUGGAUUUUGAAAGCGGUGGAAAGAAGGAAAGGGAUCCAAUCCCCACCCCCGAUCCCUCCCAGUUGCAGGAGAACAGAACCAGGGAUCCAAAGCGGGGAUCAGCGCCCCCUCCCCUGAAAGGAAACUCCAGCUUGGGAGCAGCCGCAGGAAACCAACCCGAAGACUGGAAAAUGCAUUGAAACUUUCGGGCAAACUUUUUUUGUGUGCGCGCGCGUGGGUUUUUCUUACCUCUCCAAGGGGGAAUCUGUUACAAAUCGGUGCCGUUUGGAAAGUGGAUUGUCCCUCCGGAGAUCAGAUCGGAACCGGGCCGGACGGAGGAGGCUGAGCUUUGUGCAGGGAACAAGAGAGAGGGGGAGAGAGAGAGAGGAAAAAAGGGGGGGUGUCUGUUCCUUUGGCGGUUAGAGAGCCGGGCUCAUGGAGGGGUGAAACCCGAGACUGAAGAGUUCCCCACUGGCCGCAAGCUUUGCAGAAAUCGCCCAGGGGAGCGGCUCCAGGAGAGGGAGGACGAGGGCACAGAGGAGUAGAGAGAAAGGGAAGGAGACAGGCGGCCAGAGAGAGACAGCAAAAGCUCAGCAAGCCACCCCCCUCCCCCGACUUGCUCCAGGAAUCAUGAACUUUCUGUUCACUUGGAUCCACUGGGGGCUGGCGGCGCUGCUCUAUCUCCACAACGCCAAGUUGUCGCAGGCCGCUCCGACCCUGGGGGAUGGGGAGAGGAAACCCAAUGAAGUUAUCAAGUUCCUGGAGGUCUACGAGCGCAGCGUCUGCAGGACGAUUGAGACCCUGGUGGACAUUUUCCAGGAGUACCCCGAUGAGGUGGAGUAUAUCUUCAAGCCGUCCUGCGUACCCCUGCUGAGGUGUGCAGGCUGCUGCGGUGACGAGGGCCUAGAAUGCGUCCCCAUGGAGGUGCACAAUGUCACCAUGGAGAUAAUGAGAAUUAAACCCCAUCAAAGUCAGCACAUAGUGCACAUGAGCUUCUUACAGCACAGUAGAUGUGAUUGCAGACCAAAGAAAGACGUCAAAGCUAAACAAGAAAAAAAAUCAAAGCGAGGAAAGGGGAAGGGGCAAAAGAGAAAGCGCAAGAAAAGCCGGUACAAACUGCUCAGCUUUCACUGUGAGCCUUGCUCAGAGAGGAGAAAGCACUUGUUUGUACAAGAUCCCCAGACCUGUAAAUGUUCCUGCAAAUUCACAGACUCACGUUGCAAGUCGAGGCAGCUUGAGUUAAACGAGCGCACUUGCAGAUGUGAAAAGCCGAGACGGUGAGCAGCGGAGAAGAAGGGGGAACAGCCCUGUUUCUGGAGCUUGAUUUCUCGCCUGGACGGAAAAAGAAAGAAAGAAAGGAAAAAAACAAAAACCCUAAUCCAAAUGAACCCUAAAAUGAAGGAUUGGUAGAGCACAGCACUUUCAGUACGGACAAUGGACUCCGGAAGGAACAUUCCCCGAGGCACCUGCCGCACAGGGUUUUGAACUUCUGUUUUUUUUUUUUUUUUUCCUUUUCAUGCUGCUAAAUAACAGAGCCAGGAAGACUAUAGGGGUGUAUUUUAUGGGAUUCCCAUACAAACGCAUAUGUAGGUAUAAAUAUAUAUACAUACAUGCAUCUAUAUAUGUGUGUAUAUUUUAACCGCAUCUGUAUGUGGGGGUGUGUGCGUGCGUGCGCGUGUGUGUACGUACACACACUGAAUUUUUUUUAACAUUGCUAAUGUUAUUGGUGUCUUCACUGGAUAUACUCGACUGCUGUGGACACAAGCGGGCUACUUGGGGCAUAAGAAACAAGCUGAGACUGGAAAGCGCUGGGUGUAGCCUUCUUAACUCUGACUGACUUGUGCGGCCGCCACUGUUUCUCUGUUGUGUGGGCUGUUCCACAAACCACCAUCUCUUCCUCGUGCUGGGGAGGAGAGGAACCAGAGAGGAGGGCAGGAGAUUCCAAAGAGCGGUGCCUUGGGGUGUUAUGGGUCAAAGGUCAAGGAAGCAGAUUGGCACGCUGGGCCCUCUACGUGGUUGAGGAUUCUUCCCCCCCCCUCCUUCCCUCCAACCUUUGCCCCUAUUCGUCUCACGACCUGCCUUGCUGGGACACGGGAUGUCAGUGUACAUAUUGCGUUGAUUUGACUUGCUGUAGAAACUCUGCCGAGGGUAGAGCCUGGCCUUAAGGAUGGUGGGCAGCUGACGCACGAACCGUUCCCCUUGAGGAGGUAUCACAAGAAACUCGAUUUCUCACCCUGGUGGCUGCAAAACGACAGAUGGGCCUGUAGGGCGCUGAAGCAAGAAUGGGGACCCGUGCAUAGCCAGACAGCAUGGUCUGCUCUCCUCAUGCACAGCGCUGCCACUGAAGAGCGUCCAAGAUGCGGAUCGAACAUUUCUGGAAAGGGAUAUUAAUCAAAAGUAUAUACACAGUAGGGGUGUGUGUGUUUGUGUGUCUGUAUAUCUAAUUAUCUGUACUUAUAUAUAUAUCUAUACAGCAAAGAUUUUCAAAAGUGACUAGUGAUUUGGGGUGAUUUAUUUUUUGAGUGCUUCAUAUGAGAUACCCUAAGGAGACCUGAUUUUUCACCUCUUCUCAAAACACCAGGCCCCUUUAAGGACUCUCAAGUUGGGUACCCAUCACCUCAAAUCACUAGUCUCUUUUGAAAAUCUUGGCCAUCUCUCUCUGUAUCUGUAAUAUGCGCCAGUAUGCACAUGCACACAUACACACACACACACCCCUGCACACCAAUGAGUGUUUGUAUGUCUAUGUGGAUAUAUAUAAUCGAGUUCUGUGAUUAAAAAAACAAUAAUCAAAAGGAUACUUGGUUUGUGUCAGAAUGCUGCCAGCCACCACCUGCAAUUGAACUUCCAACGCCUAAUAAUGUACCGAAUGAAAGCAUCCCAAAAGACAAGACAGUCUAAAAACAGACUCACCACAAGUGACUACUAACCACUACGAAUUCCCCAGCCAACUGAUGGUUUUCAGGAGGAGGAAAACACGCGGGUGUGUGCCUGAAUCCAUCAUGUAUAUAUUCACUCUGCAUCGUGCUUAAGACAGAAGCUUCAAGGCGGGAAGAGAAAGUGUUUUAUAUACUUAUUUAAUAUCCCUUUUUAAAUUAGAAAUUAAACAUAAUUUAAUUAAAGAGUAGGGAUUUUUCAGUAUUUCUUGUUAAUAUUUAAUUUCAACUAUUUAUAAACCAUACCUCCUUUUUUUUUUUAACUGAUUGUGUAUAAGUUUAACCCUUCUAUGCCCCAACCCAUCUCCCCAAUUGUUGGCAGACUCAGUAGCAUGUUCUAAGUAGUUAUUUAAUUGAGUUUCUCUAACAGACACCCCUACACAUUCCUAUUGAGACAAGGGUUAGAUAUACAUCUACAUACUAUAUAUAUAUUUGGCUGUGUGUGUGUGUAUAUAUAUAUAUAUAUGUCUAUGUAUAUGUGUGAUUCGGAUUAAAUAGACGCUACGAUUUUUUUUAUAUAUGUAAAAAAAAAAAGGAACAAUAGAAAAUUCUACAUCCUGAAUUUCUCCUUUUUUAAUUUUAAUAUUUGUUAUCAUUUUAUUUAUUGGUGCUACUGUUUAUCUGUAAUAAUUGCGGGGAAAAAGAUAUUAACAAUACAUAUUGUGUCUAGUGAAUUUUUUCAAGAUAUUCCGUAGUACAUAUUUAUUUUUAAACAAACCAACACAAAAGUACAGCUAUAUCUUAAAAAACAACUACAACGAUGACAAACAAACUUUUUUUUGUAUUAAAGAAUUUAAUUCUGA